GGCGCCCCUGCGCGUCCCGGGGCGGGCGCAGAGGACCUGCUAACAACUCCGGGGACUGACUGCCCGCGCUCACUUCCGCGUCCCGCCGCCGGCCGCCGCCAUCGGACAAUGGGCCGCGCGCCGCGGCUGCAGUGAGCUCGGCGGGACCCGCCCGCCCGCCUGCCUUGGGCCAGCCGCUGCCCCGUGGGUUUGCAAGUUCGGUUGCCCGGCCUGGAUGUGGGUUUGCUUUUUUCUGUUUACAUUCAACGUCUUCUUCCGUCUUGUUUUUGGUUUUAUUUCUUAGAAAAGAGAACUUUUCAAAGCAGUCUCGGCGCAGCUGAAGGCUGCUCUGCCCCCACGUGGACGCUCCCCAGGGGAAAGAAGUCUGGAAGUAAACUUAGCCCCGCUGGCCUGAAGGCCUCAGCUUUGGUUGGACCGUAAGUUUUGGAGUCAUGACCUUCUGGCUGGGCAGGUGGGAAUCUUUAUCCGCUUUGGGCUGGACCUGAACCUCGGCUGGCACCCAGAUCUCCCCACCCCAAGCACACCUUGUACCGGAGCUAGGCCCCGGACGCUGAUCUGCAACAUGGAUAAAUAUGACGACCUGGGCCUGGAGGCCAGCAAGUUCAUCGAGGACCUGAACAUGUACGAGGCCUCCAAGGAUGGACUCUUCCGGGUGGACAAGGGUGUCAGCAACAACCCUGAAUUUGAGGAAACUCGAAGGGUGUUCGCGACGAAGAUGGCCAAAAUCCACCUCCAGCAGCAGCAGCAGCAGCAGCAGCAGCAGCAGCAACAGCAGCAGCAGCUCCUACAAGACGAGGCCCUGUCUAGGGCGGGCAGAAGCCCUGUCAACGGUGGGAGCCGUCAGGGUGUGAGCAGCAAGCUGACCACAGCAGAUGGUGCCGCCAAGCCCCCUCUGGCUGCGCCAACAAUGGCACCUGGAUUAGCUACCACCACUGUGGGUGUGCAGCCCUCAUACCCAUCUCAGGAGCAGAGGCCUGGCAAUCAGAACUGUGGUUCCAGGGAGGCACCCGUGAGUUCCCAGAGGCCUGCUUUACACGGUCUGGGUCCCUGUGAAGACCCUUCCUGCCUCACUCAUGGAGACUAUUAUGACAAUUUCUCUUUGGCAAGCCCACAGUGGGGUGAUAAACCAGAGGUGUCCCCCAGCAUGAAUCCGAGUGUAAGGAGUGGGUGGCCUGGUUGCCCAGGGAGCGAUUCCCCAUUGCCCAGCUCCUGCGGGGACCAUUACCCUUACCAGCCUUUUGAGAGUGGCAUUAGUGGCCAUAGAAAUGUGAAGCCAACAGGCCUUUGGUCUACUGCCUCCUCUCAGCGCGUGAACCCCGGCUUUUCCUCUCUGGGCUUGAAGAAUGGGACCCCAGCUCAACCCAGGAGCACAACUGUUUCUGCACCUCCGGUCCCUAACAGCACCAGCCAAGGAGCUUGUCCGAGAAGAGAUUCAGGUCUGGGAUGUGAGGCUUCAGACAGGGUCCUCAAACCCACUGUGGACGCUCAGCCUUGGCUCCAGGAUGGGCCCAAGUCUUACCUCUCUGUUUCUGCUCCAUUAUCCUCAACAACUGACAAGGACACUACCCAGCCAGGUAUGACCCCCGGGCUGGGUCCUAAGCCUGCAUCCGUGGACUCUGGCACUGGUCCCAAGCCCAGCCCCACUAGCCUUAUCCAUCCGGUGAUGUCCACUCCAUCUGAGUUAUCUUGCAAAGAGGGUCCUCCCCUCUGGUCCACCGACAGUAGCCUGGGACCAGCGCUCCCAGAGAGCUCCACCCCCACCAAGGUGAGGUUGCCCUGCCAGACCCCGGCACCAGGUCCUGAGCUUGGACCCUCCACUGCGGAGUUGAAAUUAGAAGCCCUUACCCAGCGUCUGGAGCAAGAAAUGGACGCUCACCCCAAAGCUGAUUACUUUGGAGCCUGUGUGAAAUGCAGCAAAGGGGUGUUUGGAGCCGGCCAGGCCUGCCAGGCCAUGGGGGACCUCUACCACGAUGCAUGCUUCACCUGUGCAGCCUGCAGCAGAAAGUUAAGAGGAAAAGCCUUCUAUUUUGUCAAUGGCAAAGUAUUCUGUGAGGAAGACUUUUUGUACUCUGGCUUUCAGCAGUCUGCUGACAGAUGUUUUCUCUGUGGACAUCUGAUCAUGGACAUGAUCCUGCAGGCCCUCGGGAAGUCCUAUCACCCUGGCUGUUUCCGCUGUGUCGUCUGUAAUGAAUGUCUGGAUGGGGUGCCUUUCACCGUGGACUCGGAGAACAAGAUCUACUGUGUCCGAGAUUACCACAAGGUGCUGGCCCCAAAGUGUGCAGCCUGUGGGCUCCCCAUCCUUCCACCAGAGGGUUCAGAUGAGACCAUCCGCGUCGUGUCCAUGGACAGAGACUACCAUGUGGAGUGCUACCAUUGUGAGGACUGUGGUCUAGAGCUCAAUGACGAGGACGGUCACCGCUGUUACCCACUGGAGGACCACCUGUUCUGUCACUCCUGCCAUGUCAAGAGGCUGGAGAAAGGACCCUCGCCUGCAGCCCUCCACCAGCACCACUUCUAGCCAGAGACACAGUGGGGAUGCAGGGCCAGGGUUGCCCGGGGAGGGAGGUGUCUGUAGGGUACUUCUGGGGGGGCCCCAGAGCUGGGGCUCAGGAAGAAGAGGGACAGGUCAAGUUCCUGUGUGUGUGGAGGGUACCUUUCCUUUAAGCACAGCAGUGUGCACUCCCCAUCAAGUCCACGUGUUUCCCCGAGCACUCUCUCCCAUUGCCAUACCCUCGACAAGUCGCUCAGGAAGAUGCUCUGGCUUGCACACGGCACAGGACACAAGGUUGGGGCUGUGUGACUGGACACGUCCUACUCCGUGGAAAUAGUUCCUGCCUCACGGGGACAGGUUUUCGGAUUGUGCUGAGCACGUUUCACAGUGUUCCUAAGGAGGAGCAGUGAUGGAGAUGAGCAGCACCUCCCUUCUCUCUCACCUGCACCCAGAUAAUCCUCACACACCCUAUGGUGCGACUUACAGUUCUUUUCACCUCAGACCUUUACUUCUUCUGAGAACUGCAUUACAACAGGAAAGAAGCAUUGCACAUGCUUUGCACCCUUGGUGUCUGCUUGGUAAACCAGAGCCAAGCUGUGACAUCUGGGAGGCUGGGUCUCCCUGCUGUGCCUCUGCCUCUGCUCCCACUCCCGAGGCAGCUGAGCUGGGGCAGAGGCCUUCCUUCCCUGUCCUACACAGCCAGCUCUGAGAGAACUGGUGCAGGCACCGGGACUCUUGUCCACUGCUCGGUGCUGUUUUCCUCUAGUCUGUGACACUAGAGUUGCUUCCUUAAGGUGAGUCUGAGGACCUCAGGUGCUCAUGCUCCCUGACACCUCUUUCUGCUGAUUUGCUCAUGGGCUUGAAUCCCAGUCCGUAUCUGGGAGAGAGCUCCUCUUGAAAGGGGAGUUUUUGCAUGCGAGAUCUCAGAGCUAGCCCCAGAGGGAGCGCCUGAGGGUGUUAGAUGAGCUUGUUUCAGAGGUAAUCUCUCCUGCCCACUACUCCACACAGACAUUAAUUCGGUUUGAAGAAACCAACAUAAGGUACACUGCUUUUGACUGUUUUUUUUUUCCUUCAUUAUUUCUCUCCACCUUUUUUUCCACACACAAAUCAUACCUCAGUGAUAGUUUUCACUAAGUCACGGAUCAAGGAGGAGACCGUUGGUUUACUAGCAGUGGCUAAUUUCCACUCUUGACUGCAGCUAAGCAGUGCAGUUUCGAACAAGGCCUAGAUGCAACUGAAACCAGCACCCUGGCCCGCCGUGUGCCUCUGCCUCCUGGGGUAGCCUGGCUGAGAGGGAGACCACAUGCUGACAAAAUGUUAAGAUCACCUCUGAGCUGGGUAUGUGGACACCGUCCUUCCAACAUCUGAGCGACUGGCUUGUGAAGUAGGUGUUCAAGGCUGUCCUCAACUAUAUGAGGCUCUGGCCCCACUCAAAAAAAUUUUUUUUCUUUUUUUAAAGAGAAGAAACAAAAACCCACCCAGCACUAAAGAACAUAAUCAACUCUGCCUAUCACUUCCUGAGGUCAGAGGUCAGUGUCUCCUUGACAGUUGAAAUGGGAGACACUGGAAAUGCAUAAACAGAAUGGCUUUUCAGUUACCCUCUUAUCUUCAGGGAGUGCCCACGGCUUGUGGCAGGAAGGCUGUAGUAUCUCACAUCUGCCAGUCUGGCUGGGUACCCAGCGACUGGCUUGGGUGAUGCAGCAUGGUCUGCGGAGCCCCACCGCAUGUGAAGCGGACUCUUGACUGGGCCCCAGCUCUACCUGUAGAGCUGUUUCAAUCCUGCUGGCCUCUGUUGCCUGUGAGAAGAUCAGAAGUGGUGCUGGGAACCAGAACCAUCUUUUUCAUUUUUCUAAGGUUCAUUCUGUUGGGCCCAGAUGUCACUUCCUUGUUUCCUGUUCUAGACAGAACCCCUUAAAAAAUAAAAAAUCAACUGACUAUAUGGGGCUACAGAGAUAGACCCUGAAGCUAGGCCCCCUUAUUCCCUUAAGGUUAUCUGGCUUGGCUUUGGCAAGGCUUACAGGAAAAGGAAAUGAGCCGACAGCCACCCUUGAGGUGCCAGUCUCAUUGGCAUACCUUACUCCAAUUUUGAGUCAAGACGACUGAAGAAAAUUGUAUUGGAAUCAAUGUCAGAAGUAGAGGGCAUUCGUUUGCAAAUUGGAUAAUUAGUUUAAAACUCUGUGAUUAAUUUUUAAAUGGAAUUCCUGAUUGGGAUGAUUCAGGUGUGUUUGCAAAUACAGUUUAUGUUACUGAAAAAGAUCAAUAAAGGAAUUUGCAGACUUCC